CUGGUUUCAAAUUCUACUCUAUUUAAUUUAGCCCAAAUUCAAAUAGAUUCGUUUAUGUACUUAUUUAAGAUAUAUCAGCAAUAUCUGCAAAGUUGUCCUGUGUUCAUUACCUAUAUUAUCCAGUACAAAACUGCACUUUGUGUUCAUUUUAUUGUUUUGUAAAUAUAAUCUUCACAUGAUUCUUCAAUGGAUUUAGAAGAUGGCUUGGAUGAUCUUUUGGCUGAAGUUUGUGAACCCACUUCGCCGAAGAAACCCAGAACAGACGAUCAACAAUGUUCAUUACAACCAGGAGCAUCUAAUUCGAUAACGACAAAGUCUGCUAUAUCCAAAACACAUUGUGUUUUAGUAAAUCAGAAACAGAGAGGAAACCCAUUGCUCAAAUUUAUAAAAAGUGUUCCAUGGGAGUAUGAUGACAUAAUACCUGAUUAUGAAAUAGGCAAAGCAAUAUGUAUUCUGUUUCUAUCAGUACGCUAUCAUAACUUGAAUCCAGAUUACAUUCACAACAGAUUGAAAGAGUUGGGGAAAAAAUAUGAACUUCGAGUGCUAUUGGUGCAGGUUGAUCUCAAAGAUCCUCACACAGCAUUGAAGAACUUAACCAGAAUCUGCCUUUUGACCGAUAUGACUCUGAUGUUGGCCUGGAGUCCUGAGGAAGCUGCCAAAAUUGUGGAAAACUAUAAAAUAUUUGAGAAUAAACCACCAGAUAGGAUAAUGGAAAAAAUUGAAAAUGAUCCCCAUCAAAAAAUAAUAAAUGCCUUAUCAUCUAUAAAACCUGUUAACAAGACAGAUGCAAUGACUCUGAUUACAAGGUUUAGUACAUUGGAGAAUAUUAUCAAAGCAACUGAAACCCAACUAGCGGAAUGCCCAGGAUUCGGAGCCACCAAGGCUAAAAAACUGUAUAAGGCCUUACACGAACCGUUCUUGAAAAGGGGACUAUUAAACAAGGAUAAGCCAAAAAAUGAUGAAUUUUCCGAAAAUAUUAGCUUAGAAGAUGUUGAAAAGCUUGAAAAUGAAAUUCAAAAUGAGAAGCAGAGCUGAUCUGUUAUUUUUUUAUAAUUAUUGGAUAACUUUUUAGUCAAAAAUUUAAUAUAAGAUUUAAUUUUACGGAAUUUU